CCCAAAGCUCCGCGUCCACAACCGCAGUCGCAUUUUUACGCACCAGCGUGUGGAGCUUCCUGGCGGAGACUCGCUCUCCCAUCGCCUGCUCCUUCCUCCCAUCAUCCGGCACCACCACAUUUGGACUAAUCCUCGCUUCGGAGUCUGUUGAGCUACUCUCUCUCUCCCUCUCUCUCUCUCUCUCUGUGUCGCUCGCUGGGACUGGACUAUAAUAAAGCUGCGCGCAGACGUCGUGCGCAACGAAGAGAUGAGAUUUUUAUCCUGAAAGCACUUUUUGCUAAAUGCUGCUAUAGAGUGAGGACGUGCAAGGCACCAGCCUACACAUGGAGUCCAGGGUUCCCCACCACAUCCCCGGAGUGUCCUCCUCCCUCAUAUCCCAGCCCCUGCUGGACAGUCGAGUGCCCUACGGCCGCCUUCAGCACCCCCUCACCAUCUACCCCAUUGACCAGAUAAAGUCCUCACAUGUGGAGAAUGACUACAUUGACAGCCCCGCUGUUGUCUCCCAGCAGCCCCCGAGCCAGAAGUCCGCAAACCGAAGAAUCACCUGGCUCGGUCAGAAUCAGGAGGGCUUCCUGGGGGCGAAUCACAACCAUCAUCACAAUCACCAGCACCAGCAGCAGCAGCAGGGCAGGUGCGAACCUCACCCUCAACCGGACACCACCACCCACCCGUGGAUUUCCUUCAGCGGGAGGCCCAGCUCCAUCAGCAGCAGCAGCAGCACCUCGUCUGAUCAGAGGCUGCUGGACCACGCUGCACCCACCCCAAUGGUGGACCACAACCCAAACCUGCACCCCCACCAGGGCCCCUUCAACACAGCCACUGCCCGAUCUCCAGGCUGCUUCUCUUCCUCUGAAUCUAAGGUCCUGACCUCCUCCUCCUCCUCUGCUUCGUCCUGCACCUCCUCCUCAAAAUCGCUGGACCUCAAGCCUGCAAAGAUGCCUGCAGGAGGUGUGUGCUCCACUGGUGGCCAGCAGGUGUUGGCGCUGAUUCCUUCCUCCCCAGCCGAGAAGAAGCACCUCAAUCUCUGCGAGCACUGUGGGAAAUGCCGCUGCACAGAGUGUACGCUUCCCAGAACCCUACCCUCUUGCUGGGUCUGCAACCAGGAGUGCCUGUGCUCUGCCCAGAGCCUGGUAGAUACAGCCACCUGCAUGUGCCUGGUCAAAGGGAUCUUCUACCACUGUACUGAAGAUGAGGAUGACGAGGGCUCCUGUUCCGACAAGCCCUGCUCGUGCUCCCAGGCCAACUGCUGCGCGCGCUGGUCCUUUAUGGCUGCCAUUUCCCUCGUCCUGCCUUGCCUGGUCUGCUAUCUUCCAGCCACGGGCCUGGCCAAACUGGGACAGAAGUGUUACGACAAUGUUAGUAGGCCCGGCUGCCGCUGCAAGAACUUGCAGGGUGGCGUGAGCGCACCUGUGUGUAAAAACGGAGGCGUGGAAGCGAAAGUUGGGACUUUAGAGAAGCAGCAGCCACAGCAGGGGUCAUGAUACUGGACCUAACUGGCUGGCAUCGGCCGUGCUAAAAAUAGACAGGACCACACAGUACUUGCUAGCUCUCUAAGGAUAGGACAAUCCAACACCAACCCCUUAAACUACCCCAUUAAUCUGCUGGAAGAUGACUUAUGUAAAACAAAGGUACUUAAAUGGCUUUUUGUUUGAUAGGGUGGUGAACAAAACGGGCCUGGUCUGAGAGAGUUGGCUAGUUGAAAUGGCUAACCAGCCCCUCUGAGAUGUUUUUUUUUUAAUUGUUGUUUUGUUCGAUUUUUUUUUGUUUGUUUGAAAGAGGGACACAAGAAGAAAAGACGAGAUUGUGGGACUGGUGUUUGUGUUGUUGUGCAAAGAUGGCUGAAGGCACAAAAGUCAUUGUACUUCUCUGCUGCUCUGUAUUUUCUCAGCUAAUUUUGUAUCGGUGACUAACCAGAAGCUGGUUGCGAAUCCUUGGAUAACAUAGAAGUUAUAUGACGGAGAUAAAUAAUCUGUGCAACCCCUCCCACCCCCAAAAAGCACAGCCCUGUGCCCCCCCCUGUCUGAACAAACAGGAAGAAGAGUGAUUACCUAUAGCGUGGCUUUAUGAUAGGCCACUGCAGAAGUCAAACCACCACUUACUCUCUUACUCUCUCUGCUGUUAUGAUGAUCACCGUCUCUUAGUGUCACUAUUGUUCCUCUGACACCUUAAAAAUGCUAGCUUGGUAUUGCUAACACUUAAUCUUCACGGAGGGCCUGUAAAAACUAACUUUUUGAGACUUUAAAAUAAUAGUAAUUUCCCAUAAUUCUCACUGGUGUGCAAGCAGUCGCACUGCAGGUGAGGGAGAGAUAAUCACUUUACAGCGUGUGUUCCUACUUUGGGAGGAUGAAGCACAGACAUUCUAAAAGAUUUUGAAUGCAGUUCACCAAUCACCUCAGAGGUAAUGCAUGUCAUGACCUGCAUGCUCUAGUGUAAUGGUUACCCACCGUGCUAGAAGUCGAUGUGUCGUAGAGAAACGUGUGAAAAAAAAGUACACCCAACCUUCUCAGGGACUGUUACGGUAAUCCUCUCUAGAACUUGGCCUACUGCAUGUUGAUUUCUAAACUGCCUAAGAGCCUGGUCUGCUUCCUCUUUGCACAAGACGGCAAAGAAACAUUUAGGGGCAAAAAGGCAAUACUGAAUAAUUUAAAACAAGUAAGCUAAGUGAGAGACAAACUGGCCAGAAAAUUGUGUUUCCGGAGGAG